AUGGCGCUUGACGUAUGACAGUUAAAUGCUGUCACAUUCAGUAUUUUGACAGCUGACUGUGCACUAAAAACUGUGGAUUAUUAAAAAGACGUAGGUUGUAUGUUAGUACAAAGAGUACAGCAUUAUUAAUUGUUUUAAAAAUGAAUUCGUCAUAUAAUUUAUUAUUUGGAUUCUUGUGUUUUUCCUUUAUAACAUUUUUAACAAAUGCCGCAGAUGUUUGUGUAAAAAAAAGUGCUUGUGUAUGUGAGUUCUCCAAUGGUACCGGAAUAGAUAUAUCCACGUCUAAUGUAUCUACAUUUUACCCGGCGCAAACAUAUGAAAUUAAAAAAGAAGGCGCUGAAAUUUUGUUGACCACAUACUACUUUCAUCCUUGCGUCGAUAUACUUUUCAAAUCUAACACGACGGUAAACAAUACAUGCACAGAUCCACUAUCGGUUUGUCGUCAUGUCGACACAUACGUAAAACAAGGAAAUACAUCAGAGCUAUUUAAAAAGGAAACUACGUCUUACGACUUCAUGGGUAAAAACAGCGUCUCGCAGUUCAGUGCCGAAGGAGAUUCUAUCAUAUAUGCCAACGGGCCUUCAUCGACCGUAGUCCUUCUUGUAUGCGCCGAAACUGACGGCGUGUUGCAAAUUUAUUCAUUGGCAGAACCUAACAAAAUCGUGCUGACAUUCUACUCAAAGUCAGCAUGUCUCAAACAACUCGACUCGGGCAGAUCUGUAGGCUCUACAUUGCUGAUUAUUUUCUUCUCUUGCAUCAUAUUCUACCUAGUUCUUGGGAUUUGCACUAAGAAAUUCCUAAUGGGAGCAACGGGUAUCGAAGUUAUACCAAAUUUAGGAUUCUGGAGCGAUUUGCCAAACUUAGUUAAGGACGGCUGGGCGUUCCUGCUGAACGGGCUGCGGCUGCCGACGCGCGCCGCCGCGCCCGCCGCCUCGCCCGACCGCAACAGCUACGACAGCAUAUAACAUCAGCCCCAACACCUUGCGCACGCGCAGCUCGUCUUCAUCGAGUAGCCUGCGCAGCGCCGCGCACCGCCGCGCACCGCCGCCGGGUACUGUCCGCUCAUAUACGUACAUUAAUGAAACGUGUCGAUUUAUCUUGUCUAACAUGGUAUAAAAAUACGUGUUUUAUACCAAGUUGGGGACUGGACUAACGAGUCCGUCAAUUACGGCCGAAAUACAUACAUGAUCCCAAUAGCUAUCUUCGGAUUGAUAUCGAGAAUAAAUCAUAAUUGGUCAAUUUUCGCCUUCGACCCGAAAAAUGCGAUGGUGAUUGCUUUUGUCGGCCGUAUGUUGAUUGUCUCAGAUUGUGCUCUAUGUACUAGUACAAACUGCAUACAAACGACACAAUUCGCUAAUGAUAUAUAUAGUUAUAUGGCUCGAUCAGUUAUAGUCCACGUAAAUAUCAUUAAGUCGUAGUAAAUAAUCUCCAAUCGCAGGUAAUAAUAAGUAGCACAACCAAUAAAAUGGUGCAUAAUUUACAAUUGCAUAGCGUCAUUCAUAAUAUUGUUUCUAGGAUGGUUUAAUUACAGAACAUCACAACUGCAAGAAAUCGAUUAAUCACUUGCAAAUUAUGAUGUUCUCCAAUCGAAAUUACUAAAUUAGGAUAAUGCCUAAUCCGAUGAUAGGCUUGCCACUAUGACAUUAUAGAGUGGACCUAUGCGCGGUGAUAAAGGCGUUAACAUAAUAAUAUUAUGAAAGUUAUUUGAGUCGUAUCGAGUCUUUACUGUCCUUUGUUUGGCAAAGUUAAAACGUAUCAACAUAAUAAUAUAUCUAAGGGCAGCAAAAUUAUGCAUAUGUGGAAACGUCUUUAGAAAACGGGAUUGAAGAUGGCGAAAUACUGGUAUGGUCAGCAGAAAAAUACUAGUUUUGUACCAGGUUUAUUUUUCUUUUGUGUUGAGUAGCUGAGAAUUUAGGAAUGAAUAGCCAUGCUAUAUUCAAUCCCAUAUUUAAAAUGGGUUGAUUCUAAAAUAAUAUUAAUAUCGAAUAUAAAAUACAGGGUUACUCGAUUUUGAAAUUAUAAUUUUAGUGUAAAAAUUCAAACGAUGCGGGCCGUUAACUGUUUUCAUCUACCAAAAAUAUUGUCUUUGACUAAGUUUCUUGCCAUCAUUUAUACCAAAUCCUAUAAUCGGCCCGGUUGUUUUAAUUUUUGUUUAUUUUUCUUAUCAGCAUAGAGGAUUAAAUAACUCUGUUAGUGUCUAAUAUCGGGUAACCCUAAUUAAAAAUAAAUAUAAUAAGGCGAAAGCCCCAAUUAAAAUGGUUCAUGUAAAUUGAGUAGAUCAAAUGAUUAAAUUUCUUUUACGAGUAGAAUAUAUAUUUUUAUGGUUUUGUAAUGAUUUUGGUUGAUAUAUAAUAAAUUAUGUUUUUUUGUAAAUGUCGAGCGCGUAUUGCUUUGUAUUGUUGUUGAUAUUUCAUGUAUUAAGUCUAGAAGCUAAGUGAUCGACGUAUUGGCGCUUUCAUAUUAUAUGAAGAAACAUAGAAUCACGAAUUGCGAUCUUCCACUUUUUUUGAAGUGGUUAAAAAUAUCCUGGUAACAUUAAUUGUUUGAUAAAUAUUGAUAGUAUAUAAUGGUAGAUCUGUGUAAUCAAACUACUUUUAUAAAAUAAUUAUUUGAUUUUAAACUGUGGUCGUGACGCAAAGCAUGUCAUUUGUCUUUUUUUUAUUGAAAAGAGGUCUUAAUUCCGAAUAUAAAUAAAUAUUUUUUUUUUUACAUUGUUAGGGUAAUUGUUAUAUUCUAAAGUGAUAAUUUCUUGAAGUAAAAUUAUCUAAAAUAAAUAUAGAUAUAAAUCUACAUAUAUAGUUCGAUUCAAUUUUUUUUAUUAUUUUCCUUUGAUAAAUCUUUGCGUUGCAACCACAGUGAUAUAUGUACGAGGUAGUAUUUGUAUAAUAUGUAUUCGUAGUGUUUUAGUUUUUGCACUGUAAAGUGGCGCCGCCCUGGUGGACAACUAUAUCCUAGUUCCCCACAAUGUUGCAUAAUAAAUACGAGGCUGAAGUUUGGAUUUUGCAUAAAGUAAAUUGCACCGUUAGUCGAUAUGAAUUAAGGCUAUAAUAUCAAUGUUUUACAUUAUUAUUAUUAUUUAUCACAUGUAAAAAUAAUCUUUCUAGUACACCUACAAUAUUCCAUAUUUUGACGUUUACGGCUGUUAAUAUUGUAACGCUUAAAAUUUUCUUACAAUAUAAUAAAGGAGUAAUAUUAAAGCUUCCCUUUGCAUGAUGAUAAUAAUAAUACUAAUUAAUAAUAACUAAGUAGCAAAUAAUAUAUAAUACUGUCCGAAUGCGAAUUUUUGAAAUAUCCUAGAUGUAAGAAUUUGUAAUACUAUAUAUAUUUGGGAAAGUAUAAUCUGAGUUUGAUAUAAUUUUAGUUCGAAAACUGGGGUGAAAUAAGGUCUCGAUUAAAGUUGUUAAAAAUAUUGAUAAAAAACGUAAAAAUAUGUAACUCAUGGCAAAUGAUUAGGUUAUUUAAUGUUUGUUUUGAAUACCUAAUUUAGUUUGGUAUAAAUAUUUUGUUGCCUUCGAUGUCUAUUUUAAAUAUUAUUUUGUUUGCGUCCAUUAUUUUUGUUUAUAUAGUAGAUAGUAGUCGAUAUUAUAAACAACCUCGAUGAUUAAACUUAGGAAACAUUAUGUGUAUCAAAUAAAAUCUUAUUGGAAGUCGUGAUUACAACUUCCAUUGUGUUUUCCAUUGUCACGUAACCAUAUACCUCUGUAUAUCUACCAAACUAAUGUUAUUGUUACCCCCUCCGCGCGCAUGACGUGGCGAAAUAGUAUCAUACGAUCGGAACGUAUCGUAAUCGUAUCGUACGAUCGAAUCGUAUUGUUAUCGUAUCGUACGAUGGAAUCGUAUCGUAUUUAUAACUACCGUCGAAAUAACAAGUACGAGAAAUGUCGAUUCUCAAAAUGACUCCGUGUCGUGUUCGAACUGGUUCAGAUAUUAUUGUGCUCUCUUACAGUCUGAAAUAUGCGAUACUUACGAUAGGUUUCUACAUUACGUGUGUGCAAAAGGCCUUAUUUGUGCGCUAUUUUGUACACUAAACGUGCCAAUGUACGAAGGCGUGUUGAAAUUUGCCGCUCGGAGGCAGCGGCACUUAGCGGUUAUUUUGAAUGCGCUGUAAGGGUGAAAUUUAUACUCACACUUGAAAGGUUUUAUACAGAAUAUGAUACAUUUGAAGCACAUUAUAAAAUCGCGUGUUUGGAAGUUUUCUAUUAAUUACACUUACUCUGAUCACAUUCAACGUACUUCAUAAUAUAUGAUUGUAGCCUGACAGCGGCCAUACAAGGACAGUUUGUGAAGUUGAAUUCAACAUAAAAUAUAAUAUAAAAAAUGUAAUGAGUAUUUAAAUUCUAAAAGUAUAAAAUGUAUUUUCAUAAAAGUGAUUAUAUGCAACGUAGUUUUAAAACCCUUUGUAACUAUAUAACUUACUAGUUAAUUAUGUCGAGAUUUGGACCAAUAUUAGCGUCAUUGUUUGCGAUCAAAAAUAUACUAUUUAUUUGUGCUAGACAGACAAACAAAAACUUUUUUUUGGCUUCUGUUGCUCUAAUAAUGAUUCCCAUAUUAUUUUUCUUAAUGUCUAUAAUGUUCAGACAUCGGCCUGUUACAAUUUUAUUUAGAGUAAUUAUUUCGCAAAAUUUAUUACAAUAUUAUAGUUUGCGAUUGUAAUUUUCAAGGAGCAUUGUGCCAAUUGUUAUUACUCUAACUAAAAAUGAUGAAAUUGUAUCCAUUAAAUCUUAACACGUAUCAUUACCGCCAUUGAUAUUGAGAAAUGAAAAAAAAA